CUGCAUUUUCAAACGGUCAGAACGCAUCACAGGUCCUGUGUGUUAAGGAUUCAAACUACCCCCUCUGAUCCACUAUUGUCCAGUUAUUUUCGGCAGAUUGAACUGCCCAGUUUCUUCACAGAAAAUACGCCUACAAACUUAGGAGUGUGACAAAGACCAGCGAAGAUGGAAGAACCGGAUCGUGAUGCAGCACAUGUUGGUGCAGUUGGAAAAGUUGACACAAAAAACGAUGCGCUAACGGUUUCAUUUAGUUCCGAGGAUUCCGACAGCUGGACUCUGCUGGGAAAGGAAAGCGAUCGGCAGAGCAAAGAACCGAGUGGAGUGCAAGAAGUUAUAAAGGAAGAAGUGACUGUGGAGGAAGGAAAGGGCCAACCGUCUCGAAAGCAGCGUCACGACAGUCAUCGCAGCACUGACUCGCAACUAGAUGAAUCUUCCGAUGGAAUCAGCAUCAUCAGUGAGAGUGACGCCAGCAGCUUGCCAAUGGAAGAGGAUUUGCAUGAUGAUAGAGGUACAGUUCAUUUCUCCCGAACCAUCGAUUUAAAGGCUGCUGACUAUGAACCUUUAACGCCACCAUUUACGCCGGAUGAUGUAAAAACAGUAAAAGAAGAAGGGAGCAUUCAAAGGAAACGAGAAGUGCAGGUGAAGCAUGCAGAUGAAAAUUCAGUUGAGCCGGUACAAUCGAUGGUUGAACAUUCCCCUGUCAGCAAUGCCAACUGGAUCAUAUUUAGCCUGAUAGCCACAGGUAUGGUAGCCGUUAUACUUGGCAACUCAAUGCGACUUCAGAAUCGCGUUAAUGAAAUCAAUUUUGAGCACGAGAAACGCAUUUCGGAGCUUGAACUGGAAAACAAUAUUUUGAAGAACGAGAUGAACAAACUGCGUCAUCUUUAUACGCGCUCCGAAUUAGACGAACAAGUUCAGCGGGCUGAAUUUGAGUGGAUGGAUGCGCUAAGAGAAGCAAACGUGGUAGAACCAAUUGAAGAUUAUGAAGAGCCAACUCGGGAAGCUAAUGCCGCCGAGGCAAGUUUAAAGGUUGAACAAAUGGUCCGAAAAGUACCUCCUCAAGAUAGUGGAGUAAAAAGGAAAGUUGUUUGGUCAGGAGACGAAGAGGAACCGAUGUUGAUUGUUGACAAAGACUAUGUUUUACCGGCGUUCUGCUACAACAAAGACCAAGCGGUGCAUGACGAUCUGUUUUCCGAGUAUAGUGCCAAAUAUUGUGAUGUAAAGAAGCGGAAGAUCGAAUCAAAACAGAAAAAGGCAGAGUUUCAACAGAAACAGCAAACUAAACAGGAAAAUUAUAACAAAUUUAUUAAUCCAGCAACAUUAGAACCAUCUCAAGAAAAGCGCUCUGACCCUAGUAAACCAGCAUCACCAUUUAAUAUCGAUUAUCAGAAAGCAUUCGAUGCCAUUAAAGCAGAGGGUAGUGUUAUCGUGGAUGCAUUGGGGAGCAUUUUAGAUCUAUCACCCGAACCAGAGGACAGUUUAGGAGCGAAAGUUCGAAAAGUUACUCCUGAAGCUACAACGCCAGAAAUACUUGAUGUGAAAGCAGAAUUGCUUGAGCCAGAUCAUCACCAGGAAUCCAAGGAACUGAAGCACGACGAUAGGAAACAAAGAAAGUACAGGCCGGAAGAAAAGAAAACACAUAAACAAGAGGACAACUCUCAUUCUUCGGGAGAAAGUCAAUAUUCGAAACGUAAAGACGGCAGUAAUCAUUCGACGCACGAAAGUCGUCAUAAGAAGCAAAAGAAUGGUCGUGCAGACAACGGUAAAUAUGAAAAUAAGGAAAGCCAACGCGAAUACGGAAGCUAUGAGCAUAAAAAGUUCGUCGAAGAUAGCAGUCAUAAGAAAAGUCAUAAAAAAAAGCAUGGCGACGAUGGCAAACAUAAAUAUGUUACGGAACGAAACAAUGGUCGUUAUUCAGAUUCUUAUAUUUCAGCUGACGGUAGCGAUGAUGAUGAUGAUGAUGAUGAGGAUGAUCAUUACAAAAAGAAAUUCGAUCAGCGUGAAACAUUUAGCGAUCACAAUCAUGACGGCAAGUCUUUUGAAACAAAUCGGGCUAAGCAAACGGAGGCACUCGACGAACGGAUACAACACAUUCGCGAACCAGCUGGCGAAGGUUCGUAUCUGGAGCAAUACAAACGGGCAGAAUCGAAAAAAGGAAAACGUCACCAGGAAGAUGAUUAUUACCACGGUCAGAAGCAUAAUAAGCAUGCGAAUAAGCAGCAGCAACAGCGGAAAGACGGAGACUGGAACGAGAAAAGGUAUAAGGGCAGAGAUGAAUACCGUCAGAAUGGCGGUAAACAUGGUGAAAGAGGCUCAGGUGAUCAACAUUGGCAGGAACGCACGAAGCAUGGUCGGCAGGAAGCUAGGGAUGAGCAAAGAAAACGGGUGGAAAACAAUUGGUAUCUAGAGCGAGGAAAUCAGCGAGAGGAAGACCGAAUUUUCCAUUAGUCAAACCGUAGAGCGCGAUAAGUGAGGAUUUCAUAAGCAUCCCGCUUUAAAAUUCAUAAAACUCUUUUCUAUUCAAUUUUUCCUUUCACCCACACUAAACAUUUUAAUUUUUUGCAGUGUAAUGAAAGGAUGUCGUUUAUGCGUUUCUGCAUACAUUUUUCAAAAUGAGCUUCUACCACAAGUCAGUUUCAAUGCAUACCGUAGUAGUCACAAUGGGUAUGCUGCAUUUGGUGUGGUUUUGAACAACCAUGCCGCAAAUGUUAUAAUAUCCACCGCUAAACAAUACAUGUGAUAUAUAUGGAACUAAUAAAAAUGUGUUUCAACUCUAAAGAAAAAAAAGAA